AUGGUCAACGUAAGUUACACCCCAAUUCUCGCCAUCUGGGGAGUCGCUACUACUGCCGGAAUUUUCACCUUCACAUCCAACUGGCCAUUGUUCCAAGACACUUUCUACAAGAAACUUCCUAUCAUGGGUAAGCUCUGGAUCAAGGAGGUUGACCCACAAGACCUGCCUCAAAUCGAGUCCAUCGGCGUGAACAGUCCAAACUGUUUGUGUUCGCCGUCGUUGGAGAACAUCAAGGCCGGGUCGUGCUUGUUGAGCUCCAGGUCCUCGCCCAAGAAGUUGACAAACUUCUUGGACUGGUCCAGGAUCUUGACAAUUGCAAUGUCCGACAGCUUGUCCUCGUUCAGGACGCGUUCUCCCCAGAUCAGCUGGCCAAACGUCUCGCGAGGAAGGUUACGGGUCAACGUCUUCUUCUUGACACGAACCUCGGUCACCGGGUACAGUUGGUCGAUCUCCUGGACAACCGAGUCGUACGCACGAUACUCCUCGGUGUGUGCGUCGUAUUUCAACCGUUCGUUCAACAAUGCGUUCUUGUACAGGUUCACUAGCACAGGAGACGGAACAGAAACGUGUGGGUAUGGAUCUCCGGAUUUGAUGCUCUCGUUGAGCAUCACAUGGGCACAGGUGAACCCAAACAGCGAGUUCUCGUAUUUCUGGAGUCUCGGAUUGUUGCUAUUUUCCGGAAUUCUGGGGUACAGGUACCCAGCCAGCGUUCCAGACAGCUUCAAGGAGUUGUUGCAAGCAACGGGCAUCGAGAUCGGCAUGUACUCGGAGUCUGGGUCGACUGUGCGGAAUGGAGCACGAAACUUGGACGUGGACGCGGCCGUGAUCUGGUUCUUCUGCGCCACGAAGUGCAUGUUGUCGAUGCUGGACGAGAAGUAG